GGAUAGCGGAUGUGGAAGUGACAUCGGACUCGGCGCUUCGUUUCGUUUGCUAGCACCUUCGCAGUACCUAUCAAGUUUGAACUACCCACCAUCAUUACCGAUCGCAUCGCGUCGCAUCGCACAUCGUAUCUCUUGACUCUCUCCCCAUUCUCACAUUGAUUACCUCCGCCACUGAGCUCCAUCCGGCAAGCCUUUGGCAAGUUGCAUCUUGCAACCCUUGUUUGCCGUGCACCUCCGAAAGCAGCCCUGCGGCGGCCGGCCUACCACCAAAUCAGGUCACCUGCCGCAUCAACAAGCCUCAGGAGACCCGCCGCAACUUCUUAGCCCCCUCUUGCCCCCAACAUCAUCCCACGAUUCACCACCAAAGACUGGACACGACGGGGAUUCCAUACAACAGCGGCAUUGAACCGUCCGCAGCCACAUCUCUUCAGUAGACAGCCAUCGGCCAUCCAUCCCGGCCGCACGGCUGCCAGAUCCCGCCCUAGCACAACUCCCUCCUGACCUGCAUCAUGCGGCCUUGCUAAAGACAAACCGCACCACCAUCACGACUACGCAUACCACCACCCCCAAUCCUACCUCUCGCGUCGUCGAUACCAUCCUUCAUAGCACAGCUGGAUAUCGACCUUCCUGCGCAAAUACCUUAAUCGCCUCCAGAUACACACACCUAGAGGCUAGCGACACCUCACAAACGAUACUUUUGUGGAUACCGACACAUCUGACCAUUCAACAAAUACACAAAUCAGCUUUCCGAUCCUCGCUUUCGUUCCGGCUAGCAACCUCUUUUUCCCUUUCCCGCAGCCAGGGUUCACCACCAAACACCCACCACCUCCGCUUCGUGCACGACCCCUUGUUCGUUCGUUCGUCCGUCCGUCCAUCUUGCCCACACCUCAGUUGUCCAGAAAGAGGGCCCCGGACGGUCCCAGUACCAGGUCCAGGUCCGCAGUCGCCUCAUGCCAACAAUCGACUACGCCUAACACGCAUCCGGUAUCCGCUACACUCCAAUCUGCCUACCGAGGUACCUACGCCCCGCUAGCAUCGGCCUCCACCGCCUUCGCGACCAAGGGCCAAGGCAAGGCUACUCCGCUCUCUCCUGGACUCUGCACCGCUUCUCGCUCUCUUCGCUUCGGGCCUUACCUUCCCCAUCAAACAGGCCCAUUCCUUUCUGAGGACUUGCCGAACAGUCCAGCAGCAAUACGAAUAUAAUCUUUCCUCCGCCUUUUCCCCUCUCGCCUUGCCCGCGACUCUUUCGAGCAAUGUCCUCUUCCAAUUCAGCAUCGCCGUCCUCCAACAGUUACCUCGAGCAGACGGCGUCUAUGCUCAGUACUGUUGGCGCGUACAUGCGGCUACCAGCCAUAGCCUCGACGGGUAUCGCAGCUGUCUUGACUAGCCUCCUCUACUUCAAGCAAAAAGCUCUCAUCUACCCCUCGCAUAUGCCCGCAAACUCUCGAACCGAUGUCCCAAGACCCUCACAGUAUGGCAUCAAGGAUUUCGAAGAACUCGUCAUCCCCACAAACGAUGGCGAGAAGCUGUCGGCUUUCUACAUCCGUGGCCCGCGCGGUGGGAAGAACUCCAAUGUCACAAUCCUGAUGUUCCAUGGUAACGCGGGUAACAUUGGCCACCGCUUGCCAAUCGCCCGCAUGCUUAUCAACUUUAUCGGCUGCAACGUAUUCAUGCUCGAGUACCGCGGCUACGGCCUAUCAACAGGAGAACCCGACGAAUCCGGCCUCUUCCUAGACGCGCAAACCGCCCUCGACUACCUCCGAUCUCGCGCAGAGACGAGCAACCAUAAGCUGAUUGUUUACGGACAAAGCUUGGGCGGCGCUGUCAGCAUCAAGCUGGUGUCAAAGAACCAAAAGGAUGGGGAUAUUGCUGGCCUGAUCUUGGAGAACACCUUCCUCUCCAUGCGCAAGCUUAUCCCUUCCGUGUUGCCACCAGCAAAGUACUUGACGCUUCUCUGCCACCAAGUCUGGCCAAGCGAAUCAAUCAUCUCUAGCAUCACAUCCGUGCCGAUCCUGUUUCUCUCUGGUCUCCAGGACGAAAUCGUACCACCCCGUCACAUGCGCCAACUUUACGAACUCUCUGCCGCGCCCUCCAAAAUUUGGAAGCCCUUGCCCGCAGGCGACCACAACUCGAGCGUUCUGGAGGAGGGUUACUUCGAAGCCAUCUCGGACUUUCUUGGCAAUGUCACCGGCGUGACAAGCAAGGAGGAGAAGCAGCGCCUCUAGAAGGACCACUUGCUAACCGAGAAACGGUUCCAACAGCACGUGGCUCACAUACUGGAGGCAGAAGCGGACCGGCAGUCCGUCUUCACUGGCGUGUCUCGCCGGCUCCACUGCAGGAGUCCAUCCAUGAAGGACAAUGAGUAGAUGAUCCCCCCCCCCCUUUAUCGCGACCUAUGAAGGCACCGAUCACCUGGAUACACUGCGGCAGCAAAAAGAAGGCAUGGAACGGAGAAAACAGUACGUGGCGGCGGGUGAUCUUCCUCUCUAAACACACCUUUUUUGGUCCUUCAAAGAAUGAUACCCCCCGCUCCCCAUAACGGACCGGGAUGCGACAGCAUAUCUUAGACGCAACAUAAAUAUAAUGAAGCAAUGAGUACGAGCAGCCAUGCAAAACCAGUCAAAGUGGGAGAUAUGAAGUGAGGCGACGGUGACAUGCUGACCUGAACGGGGUGUGCUGACCUGAACGGGGUAUGGCCAUGUCUCUCACCGUUAACGGGGGCUUGAGGACAAGGGAUGCCAGGCGAUGUAAAUUUUGUUCAGCAGACAACUUUGGUCCUCAUGAGCAGCAGUGGAGUCUAUCUACACAGCACAAAUGACAGGCCUUGAACUUCAUUCCGUCCCAUCCUCUCCCUUUCGAUCAGUCGUCAGGCAUCUGACAAUCAAUAUUCAAAACCGCUUCGCCGGGGAAGUGGGCGCGUCGAUCUGGCGGAAUGAUGCUCGACGGCAGGAGGCUAUCACGAUCGUCCGGAGCCGGGGUCAACCUUGCCCCCCGUCCAUCCGCACCGGACAAGUACGGAGUAGAUAGCCAGCUGCAAGCGGGGAUAUGCCCAUGACACCUUUUCCUGCCAGAGAGGAGCCAAACUUCGUUGGAAUUUGGGGGGGAACAUACGGGGACAGGAUAGGACGGACCCGGGUUGGGGAUGCUUGGGAUCCCUGGGCUGGGCUUGUUCGUCUAUCCCGUUUCCUCCCCGUCGCUCGCAUGUAGAGCUUGUGGGUUUUAUGCACGUGUUUCUCUGACGUGGCAGAGAUGCUGAACGGGUGGCGCUUGCUUUUUACUUUGAUGUGAGGGAUGUGAGAUGUCGCGGGG